AGAUGACAAACGGGGGCGGGCACCCCCACCAUGUCAACAACGGAGGGCAGGCCGGGGGGGCCCACAGCAGCGCACGCUAUAUGCUGAAGAGACAACAACAACGACGACACAGACGCAGGUCAUCUUCCCCCAUGGGCAGGGUCAUUCUUAUCAAUGCACCUGUUGAUGGUGGAGACGACAGCGCAGACAUCCACACGGUGACAGUCGACAAGACUCUGGAUGGACGUCUGGGCUUCAGCGUCCGAGGGGGUUCCGAACACGGACUGGGCAUGUUUGUCAGCAAGGUGGAGGACGACAGCUCGGCAGCGCAGGCCGGGCUCACGGUGGGAGACAAGCUGGUGGAGGUGAACGGAGUCAGCCUGGAGAGCAUCACCAUGAGCAGCGCCGUCAAGGUCCUGACGGGCAACAACAGGCUGAGGAUGGUGGUGAGGCGCGUGGGCAAGAUCCCAGGGAUCCGCUUCUCCAAGGAGAAGACCACCUGGGUGGAUCUGAUCCACAGAAGGAUGGUGGUGGAGGAAGGGGGGCGCACGCCAUCAGAGGCCAGUUCGGACAGCGCCCUCCGCAGGAUGGUGCACCUCUUCACCACGUCGGACGACUACUGCCUGGGCUUCAACAUCCGAGGAGGACGAGAGUUUGGACUGGGAAUCUAUGUCUCAAAGUUGGACCCGGGCGGGCUGGCGGAGCGGCACGGCAUCAAGAUGGGGGAUCAGAUCCUGGCCGCCAACGGGGUCAGCUUUGAUGACAUCACACACAGCAACGCCGUGGAGGUCCUGAAAAGCCACACCCACGUCAUGUUAACGAUCAGGGAAGCUGGAAGAUACCCUGCGUACAAGGAGAUGGUGGCAGAGUACGGGUGGCUCGACAAAUUGGCCAACGGGGCAGCAGUGUCUUCCUCCCAAGGCUCCGACUCCCACUCCUCCACCUCCUCCGUGUCCUCCAGCACCCCCCUCAGCUCCCUCAGCGGUCUCUCCCAGGUCCUGUUCCCGCCCGUCUUUGGCGCAGACAUGGUGGACGUGGCCAUCUCCACAGAGGACCGCUCCAGACGUCCAAGCGCCACGCAGGAAACCACGGACACGGCCAUACAGACCGAGACCUCGCCGGACGCCUCUGGGGAAACCGGCCGGAUGGUCGGCGCCACUGUUCGGCUGAAGGACACGGUCAUACACGGGAUGGGGGAGGGGCCGGGAGAGAUGGGAGGAUGGACCAGGGCGCCGUCAUCUGGUGAUCAAGAGGUGGUGAAACACGAAGGUCCUAAGACGAAGGUCCUGAUGGCCCUGAGUAGACCUCGGAAGCCCAUCAGACGAUCCCAGAGUCACAUCACUCUAUCAGAGGACCAGCAGAAGAAGAAGAAGAAGAAAAUACUGCAAAAAGAGAAAAGCAGCCCGGAAGGAAAGUCCAACCUGCAGCGCUCCAAAACCUUCGUCAGUCUAUUUUUCAGGAGAGAUCGCAAGGAAAGGAGCAGAUCAAGAGACAAAAGAAAAAGUGCUGACGUCAGCGGAGACCACCCAUCACCUGCCCCGGAGACCCUGCAGCACGUGGAGGACGUGUCCAGGAAGACCCUCAGCCAGGACGAGGUGGCGGCAGUCAUGAGGCACUGCCAGCGGUAUUUGUCUGACAAGGUGCUGGAGGACUUAGUGCGCCCCCUUGUGGCCAUCUUGGACCGGCCAGAGAAGGCGCUGCUUCUCAGGGAGAUCAGGAUGUUGAUUCCUGCAAGUGACUUGUGUACUUUUGACAACAUGGUGAUGCCCUUUGAGCUGCAGGCCUUCACCGCUCUGAAGAGUCGAAGUGGGCUUUCUCCAGCUCUUCGCUCCCCUCGCAGCGGGACCCCUCGACGCCACCUCAUCACCCCCGUCCCAGACUACAGGGGUGGAUUCCUCCUCCAGCCCGUGCUGACGCAGGAUCAUCACUUGAUGGAAAACAUGGAGGCUCUGAGUCUGUCCGAGCGAGGUCACAUGACCCCAUCUCAGUUGUUCCCCGCACUGCUGGACGUACCCGUGGACAGUUUCUCCUCGUCCUCCGAUGCCCGCCCCCGCUCUGUCAGCCCGUCGCCCGCCCUCACAGAAGCCCCUCACGGCUCCCAGCGAGGGGGCCACCACAACGCUGUUGGAGGCCCCGAGCGAGGACGGUCACCUGUGAGGAGGGGGAGGGACGUGAGUCCUGACACUUUAAGGACACACGGUGUUCCCUCACCCCGGACCACCAGGACGCCCCUGAAGGAGGUUUUUGACGGACCCCCCAGGGUCUCAGUUAACGGACAUUCUAAUAGCGGAAAUACUGGAGAGUACGACAUUUCCACACUGACCAUCUCCAAAGCCAAACAGUCUCUGGGCAUUAGUGUCUCUGGAGGGAUGGAGUCCAGAGUGCAGCCUGUGAUUAAGAUCGAAAAGAUCUUCCCUGGAGGAGCUGCCUCCAUCAACCUCGCUUUGAAGGCCGGCUAUGAGCUGCUGUCCGUGGACGGUGAGAGUCUGCAGGGCGUGACUCAUCAGCACGCCGUCGACGUCAUCCGCCGUGCGUUCAGCAACAAGGCCAAAGACCCCAUGGUGCUGGUGGUCAAAGUCCCCAAGGUGCUGCCCGGGGGCACCUGCUGACCAACUAUACUUUUCUACUGCAUACUUUUUUGUUCCACAUUUUUACACCAAUAAAUUGUGUAUAAGGCG